CGAGGAUAUGACAACAGUGGUGCGGUUUUGCUGUUUAAAUACAACCACAACAAUAGCUCCAGCCCUUCCCUUUCCUCCUCCUUCUUUCUGUCACUAUGUUGUGGCUGCAUGCAACUCUUCUACUUUUCCUUCUGACAGUAACAUUCAUCAGUUCUGCUGCAGCCCAGACUGAUUGUUCCAGAAAUUAUGAAGAGCCUUGCCAGUCAUAUCCUGGAGAUAUUCAAGAUGGAGAUGCAGUCUGGCCACAGCUAUUUCACAAAGUUACAAAAAGAGCUUUAAUCAGUAAUGAAUCUCGCCUCUGGCCCAACAAUGUCAUUUAUUACAAAAUUGACACUCAAUUCACAGAGAGUGAGAAGAGAACUAUUCUGGAAGCAAUGAUUGACUGGGAGAAUCACACGUGCAUUCGCUUCAGAGAAGAAGAGAGCUCAGUUGGUUAUGUCAUGAUAUCCCUUAGCUCAAGAGGUUGUUGCUCGUACAUUGGUCGUGUUGGUUGUAAACAAGGCCUAUCAUUGAACCGCGACUGCUUUUCUAAAGGAACUGUGUCACACGAGCUCGGCCAUGUAAUGGGAUUGUAUCACGAGCAGAGCAGACCCGAUCGUGACAAAUACGUUAGGAUAAUAACUGAGAACAUAGUACCUACAGCACUUCACAAUUUUCAGAAGCUUCCUUCUAGUGUCAUAGAUUCUCUUGGGGUCCCAUAUGACCACAACAGUAUCAUGCACUAUUCUCCUACUGCUUUUUCAAAGGCUGGUCACCUUUAUACCAUAGUAUCGCUUUCAACUGGUAUCAUUGUCGGUCCUGGUCAGUGCCCGUCUCGAUUGGACUUUGUUCAAAUCAAUAAACUUUAUAAAUGUGGUACAUCAAACUCUUCUUUAAAUUCAACCAUACAGCUGCCUCCUCUUAAUCCCAUUCCUCCUCUUCCCUAUUCAAACUGCGGUGAGGUUUUCAAAGGGACCAUCUCCUUUAACUGGGUUUUCGAUCACAACAUCGACUGUCAGUGGAUACUGGUAGUACCAAGUGGAAUGGAGACUUCACUGACAAUCCUUGUAAGCCUGGAAAACUCAGGAGGAGGUCUAUGUACAAAAGAUUACGUUCGUAUUCAUUCAAACGGUGCCUGGGGAAACAAGUAUUGCUCGGACUCUCGUGUAGAGGAAAAGUUCAGAGACACAGUUGUGAUGAUAAAAUACCACACUGAUCAUUUCAAUACUUUUAGCUAUGAGGUUUUCACUGGAAUAAGCAUUACUACAAUCACUGGAGAUAUAAACGAAUGUAGUGAAGGGAUUGCUGGUUGCUCUCACACUUGUACUAACACUUUCGGCUCUUUCUUUUGCUCCUGCCCAGAAUGGAUGUACCUAUCAUGUGACCGAAAAACAUGCAUAGAUAUUAAUGAGUGUGCUAGUGAUAAUGGAGGCUGUAAGUACUCCUGCACUAAUAUUGCAGGAAGUCAUACUUGUACUUGCCUUAAUGAUGAUGAUGAUGAUUGUUGUAGUGAUGGUUAUACUCUCAAUAGUCAUGGAACUAACUGCAUACCUGUAGAUGUUAAUGAAUGUUUGAACACUUCGCUCAGUCAGUGUUCACAGUUUUGUGUCAAUGAGUUGAACAGCUACCACUGCUUGUGUAAGAGAGGAUUCAAACUAUCAAGUGAUGGAAAAAAUUGCUCUGAUGUGAAUGAGUGCUUAGAGUUCAUAAGACCAGAGCAUCACUGUGCAACCUGUGUCAAUUUUGAUGGAGACUUUUUGUGUUUGUGUGCUGAUGGCUACACAUAUGGGCCGGAUCUUCACACCUGUGUUGAUAUAAAUGAGUGCAGUAGUGGUUUAGCCAAUUGCACGCAUGACUGUCAAAAUACAGAUGGAUCAUAUACAUGUUCUUGUCCUUCUGGCACUGAUCUGGCCGAUGAUGGGAGGACCUGCAUAGAUAUUGAUGAGUGUACUUUGAAUCUUCAUAACUGCAAAUAUGGAUGCCUCAACAAGGAAGGAUCAUACCUUUGCACUUGUCCCUCAGGAUUUAGGACAUUGCUUGAAAGUGGAACAUGCACAGAUAUAAAUGAAUGUAGCUCUGGUGUCCAUAACUGCAGUCAUUUCUGUCAUAAUACUAAUGGAUCUUAUACUUGCUCUUGCCCUCAAGGAAUGCUCCUUUUAAAUGACUAUAAAAAUUGCUCAGAUAUCGACGAGUGCUCUUCAAGCAAUCAUGGCUGCCAAGGCUCUUGCCUUAAUACCGAAGGCUCUUAUAGGUGCCUGUGUCCUAAAGGCUUUCAGCUUUCAAUUGAUGGCAAAUCUUGUAUAGAUAUUAAUGAAUGCAAUGAAGCCAGUACUAAUAAUUGUAGUCAUUUCUGUCACAAUAUAAAUGGCUCAUACACUUGUUCAUGUCCUAAUGGCUUCGUGCUAUUAAGUAAUGACAAGGAUUGCUCAGAUAUUAAUGAAUGUUCUUCAAGCAAUCAUGGCUGCCAAGGCUCUUGCCUUAAUACUGAAGGCUCUUAUAGGUGUCUGUGUCCUAAAGGCUUUCAGCUUUCAAUUGAUGGCAAAUCUUGUACAGAUAUUAAUGAAUGCAGUGAAGCCAGUACUAAUAAUUGUAGUCAUUUCUGUCAUAAUAUAAAUGGCUCAUACACUUGUUCAUGUCCUAGUGGCUUCGUGCUAUCAAGUAAUGACAAGGAUUGCUCAGAUAUUAAUGAAUGUUCUUCAAGCAAUCAUGGCUGCAAUUGGUCUUGUAUAAAUACUGAAGGAUCCUAUACUUGCUUGUGUCCUGAGGGCUUCCAUUUCUCUACAGCAGACAAUGGAUCUUGUGCAGAUAUUAAUGAAUGCUCUCAAAGGACUCAUAAUUGCAGUCACUACUGCCACAAUACAAAUGGUUCGUAUACUUGCUCUUGUCCCAGUAGCUUUCGCUUAUCUUCCAAUGGAUACCAAUGCAAUUAUAUCGUCUCGCACACAACUGCUUCUGGUUCCAUUAAUCUCAACACAAGUAAUGUAACAUGGACGAUACAAAUACCCAAUGCAAACCAGGCCAUCAAGUUGACAUUCCUGUCUCUCUCCAUCUCUUGCUCUAAUGGAGGGUCCAUUGAAAUAUUCAGUGGCAUAGAGCCGGUUUCUUCUAUAUCGCUACUCAGGACAUGUGGUGGGAGCUUUCCCUUGUCCCCAAUCAUUUCCUCCAUUAAUGAAUUGAGUGUCGUGUAUGAAACAGGCAAUAGCAGUGACUCUGCUAGUCUUAAAUAUGAGACUGUUCUUCCCUCACAAACAAACGUCAAGUCUUGUUUUGGCGUUGUAAGUAACGGACAAAGGUUUUCACUCCCUGACUUUCCUUCAAAAUACACAAGCUCUCUCAACUGUAACUAUUACGUCAUUUCGUCCCAAAGAACAGUCACCCUCACUAUACUGUAUACUGAUCUUAAUUAUGAAUCGUGUAGCAAUACUCAGGACAGGCUUAUUGUCUAUAGUGAUUUCCAGUUUUCUCAACAAAUCGGUGCAAUGUGUAAUGCGAAAGGAGAGACAGUUUUUACGGCUCAUAAUUACCUUAUGGUUGUCUCAUACAAUGGGAUUGAGCCAUCAAAGUAUCGCGGCUUUGAGGGUUUGGUCACUAUAUCCGAUUGAGUGGUGUUGUCUGUGGAUGAUAAACUGUAUCACAUCUUUUUGUCAUUGUUUUAAUUUCGUUUUCCUUUCUUCUGUGACAUUUUUCUCAUAUGUGUAAUGAUUAAAAAUACUGAUAAUUGUUAUGAAUCAAAAAA